UCCCAGAAGUCCUGGAUCGAACACACUUUCACCAGGAGGGAAUGUGUCUAUAUUCUGCCCGUGUCCAAGGAUCCGCACAGAUGCCUCCCAGGAUGCCAGAUCUGCCAGCAGCUCGUGCGGUGCUGCUGUGGGCGUCUGGUGCGUCAGCAUGUGGGCUUCACGGCCACACUGGCGGUCAAGUACUCGGAGGUGUCGGAGGAGCUGUCGGAGCUGGAGCAGUGGAGCGUGGAGAAACACACAGAGGAGAGUCCCACUGAUGCGUACAGUGUCAUCAACUUCCAGGGCAGAUCACACUCGUACAGGGAGUAUGUGCGUCUGUCACAUGACUCGCGUCCGGAGGCGGUGCUGCGGCUGAUGCUGAAGGAGUGGCAGAUGGAGCUGCCGAAGAUCGUCAUCAGCGUUCACGGAGGCAUCCAGAACUUCGAGCUGCACCCGCGCAUCAAACAGGUGGUGGGGAAGGGCCUGAUCAAAGCUGCCGUCACCACUGGAGCCUGGAUCCUGACCGGAGGGGUCAACACAGGUGUGGCCAAACAUGUGGGUGAUGCGCUGAAGGAACAUCUGUCCAGAUCAGCUCGGAAAAUCUGUACGGUGGGAAUCGCACCCUGGGGAGUGAUCGAAAACAGGAACGACCUCAUCGGACGAGACGUUGUAGCGCCGUAUCAAACGCUGCUGAAUCCUCUCAGUAAACUCAACGUCCUCAAUAACUUCCACUCGCACUUCCUGCUGGUGGACGACGGCACUGUGGGCAAAUAUGGAGCUGAAGUCAGACUGAGGAGAGAGCUGGAGAAACACAUCCAACUGCAGAGGAUACACGCAAACAAAGAGCUGAUAACUGUGUUUCCUGUGGGCUCUGAGGAUCAUCAGGACAUUGAUGUGGCGAUUCUGAAGGCUCUCCUCAAAGGUACAAAUGCGACAGCGUUCGAUCAGCUGGUGUUGACGCUGGCGUGGGAUCGCGUGGACAUCGCUAAAGAUCACGUGUUUGUUUACGGACAGCAGCUGCUGGUGGGUUCUCUAGAGCAGGCUAUGCUGGACGCAUUAGUGAUGGACCGUGUGGAGUUCGUCAAACUGCUGAUAGAGAACGGCGUCAGCAUGCACAGAUUCCUGACCAUCACACGCCUGGAGGAGCUCUACAACGCGAAACAAACACCAACAAACCCGACGCUGUAUCACCUGGUCAGAGACGUCAAACAGGGGAAUCUCCCGCCCAACUAUAAGAUCACACUGAUUGACGUUGGUCUGGUGAUCGAGUAUCUGAUGGGAGGAACGUACAGAUGCAACUACACACGCAAACGCUUCCGCAUCAUCUACAACAACCUGCACGGGAACAGCAGACGGUCGGGGCGACACACCAGCAGCUCUCACUCUCAUGAGUCCUUCAGCAUUCAGGCAGAUAAGAAGGAGAAAACCAGACACAACCACUUCAUCAAGACUGCACAGCCGUACAAGCCCAGGCUGGACUCGGUGUCAGAGCUGCAGAAGAAGAAGAGUAAGGAGGAGGUGGUGGACGUGGACGACCCGGAGACGCGGCGCUUCCCGUACCCGUUCAACGAGCUGCUGGUGUGGGCGGUGCUGAUGAAGCGGCAGAAGAUGAGUCUGUUCUUCUGGCAGCACGGGGAGGAGUCCAUGGCCAAAGCGCUGGUGGCCUGCAGACUGCUGCGCUCGCUCGGGGACGAGGCCAAGAAGAGCGACGUGGUGGACGACACCUCUGAGGAGCUCAAGGAGUACUCCAGUGAGUUCGGCACGCUGGCGGUGGACCUGCUGGAGCAGUCGUUCCGUCAGGACGAGACGAUGGCGAUGAAGCUGCUGACGUACGAGCUGAAGAACUGGAGCAACUCCACCUGUCUAAAGCUGGCGGUGUCGUCACGGUUACGGCCCUUCGUGGCACACACCUGCACACAGAUGCUGCUGUCCGACAUGUGGAUGGGCAGACUCAACAUGCGCAAGAACUCCUGGUACAAGGUGAUCUUGAGUAUCCUGGUUCCUCCGGCCAUCCUCCUGCUGGAGUACAAGACCAAAGCGGAGAUGUCCCACAUUCCCCAGAGUCAGGACGCACACCAGAGCAUGGAGGACAGCGAACACAACCUGCAGCACCCAGACGACAUACAGAUGGAUGUGUUUAAGGAAGUGCGUAUGAGUGAUAAUGCAGAAAUGAAGAGUGAGUCGGAGGUGCACGUGCGCUCCCGCAGGUUACCCAUCACACGCAAGUUCUACGCCUUCUACCACGCGCCCAUCGUCAAGUUCUGGUUCAACACGAUGUUCAUGUCUGAGGGAGGAAAGAUCAGUCAGAAGAUUAAGGUCUGGUUCAGUGAUUACUUCAACAUCUCUGAUUUCCUGGCCAUCCUGAUGUUCUUCGUGGGCUUCGGUCUGCGUCUGGUGUCGGAGGUGUUCAUCAGUAACGUGUACCUGCAGGUGAAGUCGAUCUCUAACCUGGUGUGGAAGUAUCAGCGCUAUCACUUCAUCCUAGCGUAUCAUGAUAAGCCCAUCCUGCCGCCACCGCUGAUCCUGCUGAGCCACGCCGCCUCGCUCCUCAGCUCCAUCUGCAGGAAGAGGAAGAAGGACAGCAGCACCUACGGGCCCAAGCUGUUCCUGACCGAGGAGGACCAGAAGAAGCUGCAUGACUUCGAGGAGCAGUGUGUGGAGACGUAUUUCCAUGAGAAAGACGAUCAGUUCCACUCCGGCAGCGACGAGAGGAUCAGACUAACAUCCGACAGGGUGGAGACGAUGUGUGUGCAGCUGAAGGAGGUUGGAAAUAAGGUGAACUUCAUCAAGCGCUCUCUGCACACGCUGGACUCUCAGAUCGGGCACCUGCAGGAUCUGUCUGCGCUGACGGUGGACACCCUGAAGGCUCUGACGGCCCAGCGCGCAUCUGAAGCCAGCAAAGUGCACAACCAGAUCACACGUGAGCUUAGCGUGUCCCGAAACCUGGCGCCCGAGGCCGUGCCGCCGUCCAAACCCGGCGCUCUGGUGCGCUGCAGCGUGGCCUUCAUGCCGCCCAAUAGCAUGGCGGACUCUCUGUUUGGGGGCGGGGUUGAGGCUGUGCAGGGGGCGGGGCUUCCUCAUGCUUCACUCACUGCAGACGGUGUGCAGACACCGCAGAUGCGCCGCCGCGGACACCAGGAACAUCUCUCCAGCGCUCCGGCUGCCGCCGCCAGCUUCUUCCUCAGCACGCCGCUGCCGCAGCAGCAGGACCUGCAGGCGCCGCCGGAGGAGUUCGGGGCGUUCGUGGGUCACAAGGAUGAGCCUGAGGGUCAAAGGUCAAUCCCUAAGGAGAGCGCUGUCAGCAGUCCAUCCAGAAAGACCCGCGAUGUGGGUAACAUGCGGACGGUGAACUCUUACGCCGGCUUCACAGAGUUGGACAGAAACCCUUCGCUCCUGCAUCCAGAGUCCACACUCAGUAAGCAGGAGAGGACGCGCGUGUCGCUGGAGGACGUCUCUCGAUAUGAGGAUCUGCUGCUGGGGAAGUCCGCUCAGUCCAGCAAGCUGAGUCCAGGAGACGACGCCUCUAACACAGCGAUCGGUUCUCCAUUCAAGCCCAUGGAGAGUUAUCAGUACUCGGCGGUGGAGCGUAAUAACCUGAUGCGGUUGUCUCAGAGCAUCCCCUUCACCCCGGUGCCCCCUAGAGGUGAGCCGGUGAGUGUGUAUCGUCUGGAGGAGAGCUCCCCCGGCAGUAUCAAUAACAGCAUGUCGUCGUGGGCUCAGCGCGGGCUCUGUGCGAAGAUCGAGUUCCUCAGUAAGGAGGAGAUGGGCGGGGGGCUGCGGCGCGCGCUCAAGGUGCUCUGCACGUGGUCCGAGUACGACAUCCUGAAGCCCGGACACCUGUACAUCGUCAAGUCCUUCCUGCCCGAGGUGGUCAACACCUGGCAGACCAUCUACAGGGAGGAGACGGUGCUGCACCUCUGCCUCAGGGAAAUUCAGCAGCAGAGAGCAGCUCAGAAACUCACGUUUGCCUUCAAUCAGAUCCGACCCAAAACCAUCCCGUACUCGCCCAGGUUCCUGGAGGUCUUCCUGCUGUACUGUCAUUCUGCCGGUCAGUGGUUCGCCAUCGAGGAGUGCAUCACUGGAGAUUUCCGCAAGUUUAACAACAACAACGGAGAUGAAAUAGUGCCGACCAACCUUCUGGAGGAAACCAUGCUGGCCUUCAGCCACUGGACGUAUGAAUACACACGAGGAGAGCUGCUGGUGCUGGACCUGCAGGGUGUGGGUGAGAUUCUGACCGAUCCGUCGGUCAUCAAGAGCGGAGAGAAAGGGUCUUACGAUAUGAUCUUUGGACCUGCAAACCUCGGAGACGACGCCAUUCGAAACUUCCGUGCCAAACAUCACUGCAACUCCUGCUGCCGAAAACUCAAACUUCCAGAUCUGAAACGGAACGACUACACUCCUGAUAAGCUGACCCUUCAGCAUGACCCCUCCGAGGGCCCGUCCCACUCUCCGCCUGCAGGGGCCGCCACUAAAGAACUGCGUCCCUCCAUGCGCUUAAUGCUGUGAGCCGCGCACACACACACCUGCAGGACUCGCACUGUGCCGCCGAGAAUCACGUGAUGACAAACACAAAGUGCACGUUUGCGUGUUUGGUGUGUGCGUGUUUUAUACAAGAAUGCGUCGCCUCUGAACAAAUGAAAUUUAAUAAGUCACAUUUUAUCCUGUACAUUUCAUGACAGGGAUUAUCAGCUUUUAAAAGUAUUUUUUUUAAACAUUUCUAUGUCUGUAUGAAAUUAUAAAGUGGUUAAUAACUGGUACAAUAUCACUGUAUAAAGUCAAAUAUUUAUUCUAAACGACAAGUUGCCUUGUAUAAAAGAAGAGCAAUUUUACGUGAUGUCUGUCACCUUUUUGCAGAGGACACUUGCUCAUUAUAUAUCUAUUAUCAGAUUUUGUACAGAGCUGUAUGCCAACAGAAUGUUUUUAUGUACAGAGAGCCACGUGUGGAGAGCUGUAUCAAUGCAUUUAUGUUUGAAUCUUGUUUAGAUUAUGGGCAGAUUGCAAUGCAAACGACAGCGCAGUGUGUGUGAUUUCAUUGUGCUGACCACUGAAACCGGGCCACACCAUCACAACUCAACUUUAUAAUGUUACAGCGGUACUUUUGUCAUUCGUUGUCGUUGGAGAAUCGUGCGAGACUGUUAAUCUAGUGUAUCUCAUAGAUACAUGUAUCUGGCACGGUUCUGUCAGCUCAAACAUGAGAAUAUGCUGGGGAUAUAAAGGAUCUGUAAACAUUUUUUACUGUAUAUUUAAUAAAACACUGAAAAAGUCACCU